AUGGUGCUGACAAAUUCCAAGCCGGCCCCGAAAACGGCCCCAUCCCUCCAAAUUCAGCCCAAAACUGGUGCUCGUUUGGAUGGGGACAACCUCGGACUUCUCGGAGAAUUUGUUCGAAAAGACCCCGAGUCUUAUAAGGAUGAUUUCGAUGAGCAAAUGACCCAUUUCGUCGAACUCGGUAAACUCCUCCAAAUCCAGCCCUCAAUGCAUCGAAUGGACAUCCAGCCCCUGUUGGAGUUGACCACUUUCUUGUCGGGUGUCGCUUUUUGCUAUCCAGGUAUGUUGGACUUGAUCCUUUCCGAAGUUUUGGUUUUUAGAUAGUUGAAAAAUGGAAGUUAUAGGCCCAGUGUGGGUUGAAAUUUUAUAGGAGAGUGGUUUUGGACCUAUAAAGGCAUAAAAUAUGGAUUUGGGUUUAUUUUUUGCUUUGUUGGUAUUCAAGUUAUCUUAUACUCGAUGUUUUUUGACGUUUUUUGUUGAUUAGGUCGUUCUAUGCGAAUGUUUUGGACUCAGUAAACUCUGAAAUUCCUUUUGGGAGAUCUUUCAUUACGUAUGAGGCUUUACUUUUGCUUUAGCACCAUUUUUUUCAAUUUUUUGAGACUACUUUAUAUUAUACUUGAUUUUUUUGCCAUUUUUGGCUUCUCACAUCCAAGCAAAUUUUAUCCCAAGACAGUAAAUGGACUAUAUUUUCAGAGAGUGCCAAGCUUUUCGGCGAAAAUUUGGAUCAGACCCUCAGGGCGCAAGGAAAUGCCCUAGACCCACAUGUCCGCUUGGCCUUCAUAAAAGCGGUGGUUACUCUCAGAAAUCGGAACCUAAUUGAUCAGGAAAAGACUCUCAAUUUGUUUUUUGACCUGCUCAAAUGCGAAGACAAACCAUUGAGGUAUGAAUUUAAAAAAGAUUACGGCUUUUUAUGUUGUACUUGCCACUUGGUCAAAAAAAUUUUGAAAAAAAGUUGUUUUUCAUUUCAGAAAGUUCCUUCUGGGUGCGAUUAUUGGGUUCAUCAGACGACAACACAAGAAAUUCAAUCGAGCCGACCCCAAGUUUCAAGCAUUUGUUUUUGCCAAGAGCAAAGACAGCCGCGCAAUUAUUGCCCGAUGCGCUGAAUUGAUCCUAAUUGACGCGUAUAGAAGACAAUUCUGGAGGGAUGCCAAGACUGCAAAUGCAAUUUCGCAGUGCAUCUUCAACAAAAACACAAAAAUUCAGGUUAUUUUUUGUUUAUUUUUUGUUGAAAUUUUAGGGUACUAUGGGAUUGCGUAAUCUAAGGUCUUACGUAUACCGCGGUAUACCGUAGACAAUUGUAAUCGAAAAUUUGGCUCGGUUUUGGCAAAAUUGGUGAAAAAUUUUUGCCAUUUUUUUUAAAUUAUUUUACUCAGAACUUGCUAUGGAUAAUAUAAUGUUUGUAAAAAUAAAUCGAAAUUUUAGGUCACGGCAAUGCGUUUCUUCCUGGGAAGCUCGGAACAGGAGAACGGCGAAGGAUCGGAGUCGGAUUCGGAAUCGGACAACGAAAAAGAUGACCACAAGACAUUGAAAGAAGUGGCCACUGCCUUCCGUCACACAAAGAAGACCAAGAAACGAGCCAAACAACUGGAAGAAGCCAAGAAGGCGAUCAAUAAAGACAAGAAGAAAAAGAAGGAUAAAAACAGAAAGAACUGCAAUCUGGAGGCGAUGAGGAUGAUAUAUGACCCACAGACGUUGUGCGACAGAUUGUUUUCAGUACUUGAAGGUGAGAUUUUUUUGUUUUGUGGCUGAUUUUUAGGCGGUUUUGAAGGAGAAUGGGUAUUCUGAAGGGAGGGGGUUGCAAACGAAUAUUGGGAAAUUUUUAUAUUAACCAUGAGAAAAAACUUGAUGAAAAUCUCAAUUUUUUUCGGUAAAGCGGAGGUUUUGGGUGUGAUGGAGGAGCUAUAGAAGAGGUGAAAUAAAUUAAUAACAAUUUCGGAAAGAUUAUGGGGAAUUUUUGAUGUUAUCCAUGACAAAAAUUUUUGAAGUUGUAAUUUUUACUGAAAUUAAUUACAUUUUUAAUUUCUGAAAAGGUAAUUUUUUUGUGUUUCGAAGAGUUUAAAGUGGAAUUUUAGGCAAGAAAAAUGAGCGCUACACCGUCCGCCUCCUCUACAUGGCCCUGGUUGCCCGCCUGAUCGGUGUCCACCAACUCCAAACCCUCGGUUUCUACUCGUAUCUCCACCGAUUCCUGCAGCCCAGACAACGAGAAGUGACCCGGAUUUUGCUGUACGCCGCCCAAGCCUGCCACGAAUUGGUGCCCACGGAUCUGGUGGAGGGACUGGUCAAAGUCAUCUCCCACAACUUUGUCUCCGAUAAUAACACCCCGGAGGCGAUGACUGUUGGGUUGAACGCAAUUCGCGAGAUUUUUGCCAAUUGCCCCGCUGCAGCGAGCCGGGAUGUGAUCGAGGAUUUGGCGGAGGUGAGAGGAGCUUUUGGAAGGGGGAUUUUUUGGGAUUUUGAGGACUUUUUUUUAAAUACAGUGGGGGACCUAUUCCAGUGGCACAAAACGUACCAUUUUGCAUCCAGGAAGCAUCAAAAAUGUGGCAAAAUACCUCCUUCUCCAAGUGAAAAAACUCGGAUUUCAAAAGCGCGCCCGCUCUUUUUGUGAGGAACAAGGUCGCGCCCUUCAAAAAGAAGUUUUUUCACUUGGAGAGGGAAGCAUUUUGCCACAUUUUUGAUACUUCCCGGAUGCAAAAUGGUACGUUUUUUGCCACUGGAUCAGGUCCCCCACUGUACAUAUAUGUCUCUAAAAUUACUUUUUUUACUGUCAAUUUGCAAGACAUCCCUUUUUUCUGUUGCAAAAAUUAGUUUCAUUAUUUAUUUUGAUCAUUUUCAGUACAAAAACUACAAGAAUAAGAACGUCUCGAUGGCCGCCAGAGGCCUGAUUCAUCUUUUCCGCGCUGUAAAUCCCACCUUGCUCCGCGGCAAAUACCGCGGACGCCCCACGGAAGGCCUCGAAUUGGCCGAGGAAUUUGGCCAAAAAACAACCUUUGACUUUUUGCCCGGCGCCGAGGUCCUCAAUGAAGAAGAAGAUGAGAAAACAGAAGAAAUAAAGGAGGAAAAGAAGAGCCGCAAGAGAAAACAUGAAGAGGAAUCGGACUCAGAGUCCAGCUGGAUCGAUAUCAACGACUCGGAAUCGGAAAUUGAAAUCGAAACGGACUCGGAGGAGGAGAUUGAUGAGGAAGAAGAAGAAGAUGAGGAAAAUGAACAAGAAUUGGACGAAAAUGAAGAGGAAAUGGAGGAAGUAGAGGGCGAAGAGAGUGAAGAGGAAGAGGAGAGCGAGGAGGACGAAGAGGAAGAGGAAAAGAAACCGAAAAGAGUCAGAUUCAGCAAGGCCGAGAAGAAGAAGGUGAAGAAAUUGGAAAAGGUAAGGAUUUUUGGAUGUGGAAAUGGGAAUAUGGGUGAUUUACGGGGGUUUUGGGGCAGGUAGAGGUUUUUGGAAUAGGUUUUGAGAGGACUGGAGAUGAUUUUUGGAGGGUUGGGAUAUUACUUUAGGCAGAAUUUGGAUAAAUUUUGAUUUUUUUGUCUAAAAAUUUGGGAUUUUGAUGUAAAAUGGCCUCUGUGGACUCAUAAAAAUGCAUUUUACAGUUUUAUUUUUUUUUUGUAGUACGAAGAAAAUAUCAUAAUUUGGUUGUUUUUUUUUGUUAAUAUAAUCAAGUGCAAUAUAAUUUUUUUUUAAAAUUUUGCUUCAUGUUUCAAAUUUCAGAAGCUCUCGGCCGAGGCUGCGUUGGCGAAGGCUCGUAUUGUGUCGGAAAGCAGGAUUCUCACCGAUGACGACUUCAAAAAAAUCAAGGCCCAUCAAAUUCGAAAACAAUUGGCGGCCGCAAACCCGAAUUUCAAAAAUAAAAAAUUGACCAAUGAUGAUAUGAAACUGAAGGACGAAGUGGAAGAGAUAAUUGGCAAACGAUCAGAAGGCGCUUCCCUGCCUAGUCUUGGCGAUAUCACACAUUUCCAUAAGAAAAUGAGGAGACAGACCAAGGCCGAAAGAUUGGAACAAAUCAAGGAAGGAAGAGGUGAUAAGGACAUGUACAAGAAGAGAAAGAAGAAUGUAAGUGGUGGAGGAGAGGAUUGAAAAGUUUGGGAAGGGCUGGUUUGGGAAAAGAGACCAGUUUUUGAGAUUUGGGAUGUUCAACAUGAGGAGUAGAUGAAUUUUGAUGAGAAAAGUAAAUUUUUGGGAGUGAAACGGAUUGUGGAGAGUAUGUAAAGCGAUUUUACACUAUUUAAAUUUUUUUUUGAUGUGGUUUUGAUGCAAAUGAGGGAGGAUUUUAUAUUAUUUUAGGUAGGGUGUCGUAAAAUUAAGACUUUUUUAAUAAUAAAACGGGUGUGAAAUGGAUGAAAACGUUUUAUUUUUGGUAAAAUACGUCAACCCGCAUGAAGUAUUUCAAUUUGUUUUGUGCUUUGACAUUUUUUUCGAUGAUUUUUUAAUACGAUUUUUAUAAAAAGUUAAAAGUUUCAUCAAGUAUAAUAUAACUUUUUUCGAAUUUCAGGGUCCCCAUGUCGGCCGAACCAACGAAAACCUCGCGAAACGCAAGAAUUACCAGAUGGUCCGUCAGAAGAUCCGCGGAAAGAAUCGCCAGCGCUCCUUCCGCGACCAACAACAGUCCCUCCGCAAUUAUUUGCUGAAACAAGCCGGAAGAAAGCCCGGAAAUAUGUAG